AUGGACAACACCAAUGUGGCUUAUCAGAGAAAGAAUCGUGUUUUAUCGGAUUCUUCUAAUAGGCUUAAAACACUUGUAAAAGGUGAUCACGAAGAUGAUGAAGACGAAUUGAAGAGUGUUCCAACAUUAGAUACAGAUAAAAAGGAUUCUAAAGCAUUAGAAAAAAGUAAACCUAACACGAAUGUUGAUACUGUUGAUGAUACAGAAGAAGUUGUUGAGGAAGGAGACCCGAAUACAGUUCGUUUAUAUGGAUACUUACAGUUACAUUUGUAUUUCUUUGCUUUGUUAUUCGGAGGGUUUGUUUGCUACUUGAGGCAACAUGAGGCAUUAACAGAAUACUAUCCGAGGUUUUUGAAGAAUUUCUACCUUUUGUUGAAGAAAAAAAACGCACAUCUAGUUCCAGAAUAUGGGUUCAAAUUUUGGACCGAUCUUAGUGAUAAAACGAAAAAGACUAUAGUAAGAUAUUUCAGCUAUGGAACAAUUUUUUUAAACCUCUAUCCAGUUCUAACUUCUCCUUCCAAGCCAAAGAAGAACAAAGAUGGAGAAGUUAUACCUGAUCCUCAAAGAGAUGCUCAAGUAGUGUUCAACAAGACUGUUAUCAAGUAUGGCUCUUCCUUUUUCAGAACGCUCUCCGCCACGCUUUUUUGUGGAUUAUUAGGUUAUGAUUUGGCCUACAACCUACCAUAUCUCAAGACGCUCUUUACCAAAAAAUAA